AUGUUUUGGGACGUUCGUAUUAGCCGUAUUAGCGCCGUCAUGGUCCCCGUUCGGGAUCCUUCGACUUGUGUCCUGAAAGCUCAGGCCGCCAUAUGCAAGGCUCAAGGCUCACAAGUCAAGACGCAGCGGGCACGGAACUGGCAUCUUGACUUGGAUCUGCACUGCGAUGCAAGUCAAUGGCACGUCAAGCCAACAAUGACAUUCUCACGGCAGCCCUCCAUGUCAGCGUCAUCAAACAGCGGUGAGCUGGGUGCAUGCAUGAAUCCAGGCCGUCGCAGCGUACAAAUGGAGUCGCUCCAGGGGAUCCAUGCAAGGCCAACUCUAGGCUCGACUCAAUGA